AGAGCUCACUCCGUUCAGUUUGUUCGGACGAAUUUCCCGCGCCUCGUCUUCACUUUUCCCGCUCAGUAAACCCUAAUCCAAGAUGGGUCAGAAGCAGCAACUCUCCGGUGACCCACGCCCCGACACUAAGAAAAAGCGUCGUGUCGCCUUCUCCAACAUCGAUACUGGUAUUCCAGCCAAAGACUGUAUCAAAAUCUAUCUAGUUUGUACGAAAGAGGAAGUGGGAAGUACAGACAGUCUCUGUAUUGACCCAGUUGACUUGAACAGCUUCUUUGACGACGAGGACGGAAAAAUAUAUGGUUUCCAAGGUUUGAAGAUAACUGUAUGGUUCAGCAUUGUCUCAUUUCAUGCCUACGCGGAUAUUGUUUUCGAUAGUACAUCUGAUGGCGGUAAGGGUAUUACAGAUCUGAAGUCUGCACUUCAGAAUAUAUUUGCUGAGACUCUCGUGGACAAUAAAGAUGACUUCCUUCAAACUUUUUCAAGAGAUGUCAAUUUUAUUGGAUCCCUUGUCGCAGAGGGAAAAGUAUUGCAUCCUAAAGCUUCCUCCAACGGGAUAUCAAAUGAUUCUAAUUUUCAUUUACAAGCAGCUAAUUAUGAUUUGGAGGUAACUCGAUUUCCCAUGGACAAUAUGGCUGGAAGAAACCUCUAUAGUCGCUUGGUACCUCUUGCUCUUCUUCUUAUUGAUGGCAGCAGCCCUAUUGAUGUUACUGAUCCAAGAUGGGAGUUGUAUGUCCUUACUCAGAAGAACAAUGGUCAACUGGAGCAAACUCAUCCUACAUUGCUUGGAUUUACUGCCCUUUAUCGUUUCUACCACUAUCCUGAUAGUUCUCGCUUGCGUCUGAGUCAGAUACUUGUUCUCCCUCCUUACCAGCGUAAGGGUUUUGGGCGUUUCCUUUUAGAGGUGCUGAAUAAUGUUGCAAUAUUGGAAAAUGUUCACGACUUUACCAUUGAAGAGCCAUUAAGUCAGCUACUGCAGUUGCGAACUUGCAUCGACAUUAAACGUCUGCGGGGAUUUAGCCCCAUCCAAGAAGCUGUAAGUUCUGCCGUAUCACAAUUUAAACUAGGAAGGCUAUCAAAGAAGGUUUCCUUCCCUCCGCUCUUACCUCCAUCUGAGGCUAUCGAAACUGUUAGGAAAAGUUUGAAAAUUACAAAGGAACAGUUCUUACACUGUUGGGAGAUACUAGUCUUUUUAGGUCUUGAACCUGACAAGCACAUGGAGGAUUUUAUCCUUGUAGUUUCAAGUAGAAUGCGGGAUGAUCUGAUAGGCGAAAGCUCAGAUGCCGAAGGGAAGCAAGUGGUUGAUGUUCCUACCGAUUAUGAUCAAGAGAUGUCGUUCGUUAUGUUCAGGUCAACGACUAAUGCGAGUACUGGGGUUGAGACUGAUGAGUCCCGGGCUAAUCAAGAAGAACAGCUCAAGAAGUUAGUAGAUGAUAGAGUGAACGAAAUCAAGUUGAUUGCACAGAAGGUAUCUGCAUGUUAAAUCCCAAGCGAUCAGGCCUUAUUCGAGCUCAUUUUUCACGAAAAUCUGUUCUUAAUUUAAGCAAUGGCUGGCUUAUUUAUUACUUGUCCCUGGAAAUGGGCAGAUUACCAUGAUUUUUCCAGAAUCUAGGGAAGUUUGCUAUAACUGUCUUGAGUUCUAUCCUGUUGACUAAAGAAUCACAUUUCCUUGUACCAUAUAAAUGAGUGUAUUCGUCCAGGCCAGAGAAAAGUAGUCUGUAUUAGGACAUAUGGUUUUCUUUUUGUUGGGUAUUUUCUUUAACUGGAUUCCAAAUGGACACCCCCAUUUUGCCCCAA